GUAAACCAUCUAGAAAACUAUAAUUUAUUACAUAGGUUGUCACUCGUUUUUCUCUUGCAUUUUAGGUUCCUCGGACGGCCGUGUACAACAUCAACUGAUACAGAUCAAACGUCAAAGCGCACGGGGAAAUUCCUGGCCGGGAAGUCGAGUUUCUGAUCGACUGAGUACAUAUAUAGCUUGAUUUGCAGUUUUCCUUCCUGAGUUCUCUCCAUUUAAUAUGCCAGAAGGAACGCUUGAAGUUCUUCUCGUUUGCGCCAAAGGACUCGAGAACACCGAUUUCCUGUCACACAUGGACCCCUAUGUUCUUCUCACUUGCCGGACCCAGGAGCAGAGAAGCAGUGUUGCAUCAGGUCAAGGAUCUGAACCGCAAUGGAAUGAGACAUUUGUUUUCACAGUCAUGACUGAUGAAGCUUCAGAGCUCAAUCUGAAGAUAAUGGAUAAAGAUUCUUUCACCAACGAUGAUUUUGUUGGAGAAGCCACCAUUCCUUUAGAGGCGCUGUUCAUAGAAGGGAGCCUGCCGCCCACCGUAUACAGAGUUGUCAAGGAUGAGGAAUAUCGAGGAGAAAUUAGAGUUGGCAUGACUUUCACUCCUGAGAUCAGAGGCGGCAGUCAGGGGUGCUGUGACGAGGAGGUGAACUAUGGUGGGGUGAUAGAAUCGUCAAGAGAAGAGGAAAGCUAUGGUGGAUGGAAAGAAUCAUCAAGAGAAGAAGAGGAGAGCUAUGGUGGAUGGAAAGAAUCAUCUUACUAGGAUUAACCUUGCCUUCUGUUUUGCAUGGUGUGAAGUUAGGAUCUUCAUGAUAAGUUAUAUACCCGAUAUGGGACUAAAUAAUUAUACUUGUUUGAGUUUUGCUAUUAACAAAUCAAUGGAUAAACACGUUACUUAUCGUGACAUUCA